AUGCCCCAAUCUACAACAUUUCGGGCCGGGGCUUUGUUUGUCGGCGGAGGACGCCAAGCAACCAAAUGCGAUAGACAGGCGGAAUGUCGAAGCUGUGCUUCGAUUGGAGUUUCAUGCACUCGUGACCGCUUAAGAGGGCGUCGACCGCGUCGAAGAGUGCAACCGCCGCCCUCACAUAGCGGUGUCAAAAUCAACAAACAACAACCAGGAAGAACGCAGGGACCUGGGAUCACAACCGGGGCCUCUACGCCAUCAAGCAUUUUCGAUUCGACUCUAAGGCCACAUGAAGGACCUGUUGAUAAGCAUGAUCUGGUAGAUAACUCCACUACCUUGAUUCAGCAAGAGCUUGAAUCGAAUUCAAAUUUGCCCGCAAGUCGGAUGCGGGCAUUGGAAAACGCCCUUACCAUUGUUAAAGCAUUCGCGACGGCAUCGCAUCAGGGAUACCAUGCACAGCACGAUGAGAAUGGACACAGAGUUCCCAGAGACGCAUCCAUCGUUGAUAAUAUUCCACCUGAGCUGCAUUAUACGACAAUUCACGGAUCAAGUAGAAUGGAAGCACAAGGCCUCGUCUGGGCAGAUCAUCUCUCAUCUCAGACUAUGGAGCGAAUGUCUUUAGCAAUAAUGAGCAACGCCGUUCGUGGUGAGAUGGCCCUCCAAUACAAAUUAUGCUUAUUCUCAAAGGCGACCACUUUCAUCAGUCGAUGGCUGCGAGUAUGCCCGUCUGACCAGAUGUCCGACUACUUGGACAAAUCUCGCAAGGUGUAUGGCGCUGCAACUUUAGAAUGCCUUCGAAGAAUUGAUUUCACUCGCUCGCCAAAUCUUGCCAUGUUGCAAGCUCUUCUUGCAGGGGCAGCGGUUGUACAGCUUCAUGGAGACACGACAAGAUCAUGGUUUCUGGUUUCUCUUGCAUCCCGCUCUAUUGUCGCUCUGGGCUAUCAUAAAAUGAUGGCUUUUAGUCCUGACAGUGAUGAAGAAAACGAAAUCCGUCGCUGUAUCUACUACUGCUACUAUAUGGACAAAACCCUGAGCAUGCUUCUGAUACGCCCUCCAUCUCUACCACAGCUUCCAUUCAAUCCAGCGGAUCUCGUUCAUACAGAUCCUCAGCUAGCAGUCUCAAUGCACGUCAAGAUCUUGGUGAAACUAGCCCGCGUCCAAGAUGUCGCCUUGUCACUGGUGCUGAAGGAUCCGCGUCAUCAAGUCCUUGCAACCAAGGAAGUAAUGUUGGAGAAUAUUCAGAUGGAGCUCAAGUCUAUUGGCGAUGAAAUACAGCAGUUCUUCGUCUCGACUCAUCUUCCUUGCAAGACAAGACUAGGCGAGAGGAGUGUUUACGAUAUGCACGAAAAGCUCUCCAUUCGAUGCAAGCAUUUUUAUAGGACUGUACUACUAUACCCGCUCACCCCAUUCUUUGUUAUCUUCUGCAAUGUUGUCGCCACUUCAAAUUUGGAUGAUCUAAAAUUAUUGGAAGAAGUUACUGUCACAAUAUCAAGACUCAAAGAGCAGUACAUUAUUGGCAUGAAUCUUCACAGACUCCUAUCUGAACUUAUCAGUCUUUGCGCUGAACUACACGACGUUCCUUCCAGUGGAGAUUCCCACAGAUCUCAGGAGGGACGGUCUUCUUACAACCGAGCAGGACAUGUCCAGAUGCUUUCAAAUGGUGACUUCGAGACUGGCAUGGGCGUUAAUAGACAAACAGCCUCCCUACCGACUCCUGGACAAGAAGAAAUACCCCCGGAUGGGCUUUCCUCAUUGCCCGAACGUCAAUCGGUCUGUCAUGAAUUUGAUGAUUCUGCAACAGGUUCGGCUUCUAUAUGGGACGACGGAUUGAUGUUUGAACUCUUCAACUUACAGCCCUCUGUUGAAUGGCUUGAUAUUGAGGGAGUGGACAUGACUCAUAAUCUACACAAUUAA